UUGGGUCGAAACACCGCAUCUGCUCGUUUUCAGCAUCUAAUAAAAAGCGGCGUUUUCAACGUCUCAUGAACAUCGCCACUCUGCUCGUUUCCUCCGCCGUUUACAAUCCAAACCCACAUUCAGAAUCGCCCUUUCCGUCCCAAAAUGGCAGAAAACACAGAGAUUGUAAUCAAAGAAGACGGCCCAAAAGGACCCAAAAACUUGUUCUCACUCUUCCCCAAGUUCAAGCUUCAAUUCCCCUUCCUGAAGCAGGAACCGGAAGGCGUCGUUGUUGCAGAUGAGCCAAGGAAAGCAGACGAAGGAACUGAAAGCAACAUUCAGAAGCCGGUGGUUGUGAGUUUCCCGAAAGCGCAAGUUGCGGCUCCACCUCCCGUGGCGGUGGAGUACGAAGAGCCCAUAACGAAGACUUCCAAUCCUAUUAUAUUCUGGCAGCUUUCCGCUCUUGGAGGGUAUCUGGUUUUGAGGUGGAUUUGGGCAAGAUGGCAGGAAAGAAGGGAUAAAAAGGACGGGUCUUCGGAUGACGAACGAUCUUCUGCUGAUGAAUAGGUUAUUAAUAUGUUUACAACCCUUGAAAUAUUGCACAUCGAAACUGCAAGUUACUAUCUGGAUUCCUUCCUACUGUAACAAAAUCAGUACAUGGAAACUUGAGUGUGCUUAGUAAAGAAAGUGUUUUCCCUUUCACUUUCCAGUCUUGACUUUGUUACUGCUUAUAUGAUUCACGACAAGUUAGUAG